AUGUCUACUUGCAAUGAUGAAACCCCCACCUGGGCAUCCAUGUCAUCUUUACCUCCCACAUAUAUGGUCCAAACAUCCAACAGCUUUGAGCUAUUAACUGGUACUGAUAGUGACCAUGAUCAAGACCAAACUGACAAACCCACCAAGACGACUGAGAUAACUGAACCCAAUACAGUAUCACAAUAUAGCCCAACUACAAAUAAAGAAGAUCCUGAAUCCAAAAAGAAUGAAAGUGAGACCCCGAAGAAAGUUGACCCUCCAAACCACCAUAAACCAAUCAACGCUGAAACCAUAAUUCUCUGUUAUAGCAAUGGACGCUAUCUAAAACCUGAACUCCUCUGUCCUAAUUAA